CAGAUGAUGAACGAUCGAUCUGUCUUGGUGGAUCCAGGCCGGAAAGUGCGAGGCAGAAGAAGAUCACGUGUGUGACAGUCGUUGCAGCUCGCGCCGUCAUUCGAUGGCAUAUCGCAGUAGCUUCUCUAUGCCGAUAACCACACAGGAUUUUGUCUAACCAUUUCGUUCAUUUUGAGGAAAGCCCUCUACGAUGAAGAGCAUACUGCAGAGCGCAGGCGGAAAUCGUAUAAAGCGGCGGUUAUCCUUCGCCGCCAAUGUGAAGCCUCCAGUGGACGAUGUCCCAACGGAAAUUAGCAGGCAACAGUUCCCGGCACCCUCCAUGCCAACCGGGCCGCGGGACCCUGGCGGCAUUCUCAGCUCCCUUCAGCCAGUCGAUGCCAUACCAUCGGAACCUGCAUCCCGCGUGCAUAUGGUACCCCUCACAGCGUCAGGAGCGGCAGGGAGCCCUCAACCUGCAACGAACCAGCGGCAACAACGCAGCAAGCUUAGCCAGACGACUAAAAUAGUUAUUACGCGAGAUUCGGGCAUGCUGGACUGUUUCUGCUGCGAAGUCUACAACGAAUGGAGCAGCGCUGUCCGGCUAUGGGUCUGUGGCAGCAUACUCCUCGGCGUGGUGCUGAUGACUACUCUCAUUAUCUUGCUCUUGUCGGGAGACUCCGAAGCGACCUCGGCUACGACAGGACUGACGUCAACGGUGCAGGUUAACAAGAGCGCGCUGUUCAUCGUUGGCCCCGCGGGUGAACUUGAGUCCGAAUUCUACGCCGAUGGAAAAGACCCAAAUAACCCGGUAACGCCCAGCAGCUAUGACGACCAGACCAGUUCUGGAGUAUGACCACCAUGUCUGUCAGGCUGACCCACCAGUCCCGUGGUGUCUCGAGGUCUCUACGAUGAAGGCAUAUUGGAAUCGUUCAUGUUCAUCAAUAAAGCGCGCUACAAGAGCGACCGAAAGUUUAGCAUUGUAACACGUGA